CAGAUAUGGCCGGCCUCAGCGUCCCGGGCGACGAAGAAAUCCUGACAAUUCUGCAAGAUGAAAAGUUAUUGCUUGACGUGUGCAAACAGUUACUACCCGAACCCGGCGACUCGGAGCACGAAUACCAAGACAAAGUGGCAGCCCUCAGUACGAUGCUACGAAUUCAGGAAGACCAAGUGCUGUCCCAGGUGGAUAGAGAGCUGCACCGUUUGCGCGAAGAGCUUGUUUUCAAAGUUAGAAGUACGCUCGACAACAAAUUACGUAUUUUGGACGCAGUGACCCGGGAGGCACGGGUCGCCGCGCAAGGAGACGAGUCGGCCAAGUCGGGCUAUUCGGACUCGCUGCUCUCACUGUUCACGUUCGAAGUGAAACGCGUGCAGGGUUUCGCCUGCGAGUCCUUUGCAUACAUCCGCGGCUCUGCUGCCUUACCGCACACCAUGCACUUCAUAGAAAACUAUGAAGAGCACGUGUACCGCGUCGGAAGUGUGGUGAAAAUUUACUACCUGUCGGCGAAGGGCUGCGACCCGUGUCUGAUGCGCUACAUCACAGCUCGUGUAAGUCGUGGGGCAGGCGAGGAAGAGAUAGAAGUGUCGAAUGCUGAUCUCAUGAAUGGCAUGUAUCUGUUGGAGUUUUCGGUGUGCCGGGAAGGAACUUACGAAGUCCGCGUGGCGCUGUACGACCGGGACAUCAGUGGAAGCCCACAGCGGAUAACUGUUCACCAGAGUGCAGUGGGGCACGAGGUGCUGCCGAUUCAUGCUGGAUCCUCAGACGCCGCGGAUGAAGGCCAAAGCAUGGUAGCUAGCUUCACUGAUGCAGCAGUGGCUGCAAACAUUCGCUGUGCGGCCGCGGCGAAUGCUACAUAUGCCGAUAUGACCAAAGUUGCUAUUUCAGAAGACCUUCGGGUUUCAGAUCUUGCUCCUGAAGAGCAUCACAAUGAUCUAAGCAUGGUACCUGGCUUCAGUGAUAGAGCAGUGGCUGCAAACAUUCGCGGUCCUGCAGUGGGGAGCGCCACUUAUCGCAACAUGACCAAACGUGCUGUUGCAGAAGACCUUCCGGUUUCAUAUCCUCCUGAGCAUUACAACGAGGUUGAUUUGGCAUCCACGAAUGAACUGCAGCCAGUAUUACCAACCUUAUUGUCAACUGUGGCAGGACCGAGCUCCUCUAACCUCUCCAGAGAAAUUCCUGAACCGCAUGCGAACAAUGCUUUUAGUAGGUUUUUCACUCCAAUCGAGCCCCCUCUCCAGGUGGCGGUCGCAACAAACUCUGGCAUUUUGAAUGGCCAAAAGAGCCCUCAAAAUGGAUUUACACAAAGUAUGGCAAGCUCCAAAGAACAGAGUUCUUCUGGGGGGGGUUUCCAACGUUCUCUUGUUGCCUUGAAUGAAGAAGCUUCUCUGAGCAGUUCAUCUCUGCUUUAUGACAAGCCAGGCUCAUCUCCUUCAUACUCCGAUUUUGGAAUAUGCGUGAGAGAGCCCCUGAAGCCAACGUACGUUGUGACAGCCAUUGCUCCUGACUCAUCCACAAGGCGGAGUGCAAAGGUUUCACCACUUUCAACUUGCAAGAAAAAGCCUGUUAGUUUUUCAGGAACAAUCAGUGCCAAGUUGUCACUCGAGUUCGAUGCCUACAAAAACUCAAAGUUGGCCUUCCCAAUCGGCGUUACAGCCACAGCAUCUGGGAACAUAAUCGUUGCUGAUACUUCUCAGGACAGGGUUAUGGUAUUUGACCCUAAUGGACGCGGUCUUCACAAGGCCACCUUUUCUAAAUCAUCGGAGUGUUUUCGGCGACCAUCAGCAGUUGUUGCCUUCAAAGACGAGUCGUAUGCAGUGAAGGAUGACCGCUGCAUAUACUACUUCUCCAAACAUGGAGAGUUCAUUCGGGCGCUUGGAAAAAGCAGCCUGAGCAGGCCUUAUGGCCUCGCAUUACAUGGAGAAGAAAAUUUGUUCACCCUUUCUCUUGGUGAUUCUGUGCCAACGCUGCGGUGCUUCAGCGCAUCAGGAAACUUUGAGCAGUGUGUUGCAUAUGAACCACUCUCGCCUUCACCAUCUUCUGGCUCCAAGUGCCGCUUCAUGGAUGUGUACGACAACCACAUCUUUGUCUCUGACCUGGGCUUGAGCUGCAUGUACAAGACCGACUUGAAGGGAGCAUUGGUGUGUACUUUUGGCACCAAGGGCAAGGAACAUGGCAAGAUGUUUGAGCCGUCUGGCGUAAGUGCUACGGACCGCUGCAUUUUCAUUGGAGACAGCAAGAACAACCGGGUGCAGGCAUUCGAUGCUGAUGGAAAGUUCAUCACGGUGGUGAAGAUGACGUCUGGAAUCACCCGACCUUCAGGAAUUUUUGUAUCGGAUAGGAACAAACUUUAUGUGUUAAACUACCUGCAUGGCACUGUUGGUGUUUACGACCUCAAGUUUAAUGAGUGAAAAACUUAACUAUGACUGUCCGUCAUGUAGUUUCUGCCUCAUUUGUUUUGAGGUGAGAAAUAUCAUUCAGAACUUAAAAUUGUUUGAAAUUUCGUGCAAGGUUUAGCCCAUGUGACGAGUGCCUUAUUCAUUGCAAUAUGAGGUGAUAGCUCUUAAUGUAAGGUUUGCCCUUCCUGCACCACCGGCACAUCAUUUGAAAUGUUUGUUGGGACUUAGUCCGAGUAUUUGUAUCUGAAAGCUGCCUGGGUGUCUGAAAGCAGCCUGAAAGCUGCCUGGAAAAGCUGCCUUAAUCUGGGUAUUUGUAUCUGAAAAUUGAUCUAGAAAUUAAAAAAAAGUUAAGUGUUGUGUCCCCCCAUAACAUUUUUUUUUUUGAAGAAAGCAGUAUGUCUAGUCAGGUUCAGCACCAUGUGUGUAUUGUAUGUUUUUUUACUUUAAAAUGAAGCUUUCACAAAUGGAAAUAAAAGUAAUUUUUCUGUAUUCUGCAAUGCUCAGGGUCUCAUUGUGGCCCUGGGUUAAUUUGUGAUCUGUGACGUGCUUGUGUCACUUCAGCAAAGCAACAUGUCGGAGUACUUAGUGGCAGAUGGCAUAAGCUGGCACCAGCUUGCAACAGAGCAUUUCAUGCCGUACACUAGAGAAACAAGUGAUCCUUUAGCUCUUGCUAGAGGCUCAAAUUGUAAUGUAUAUAACGCAUGAUUGCCACUAAAUACGUGUACAUAGAACCAAUGAAAAUAAACCUGUACGACAGCAUGGGUCA